AGAGACAAAAAGACAGAUGAUUCAAUUGGUUAUACAAUUAGUUAGGCUGCUCGAAUAACUGCUUUUUAAACCAAAAGCCUGACAAUUAUGUUCCCUGGAUCUUCUUUGAUUGCAAAGCUCUCUGUGAAAUUAUCUAAUAAAUAAACCCAUAAUCAUAGAUAACUAUGAGCUGCUAAUAAUAAUAACUGUGAUAACAACGCCUACCGGAAUUUCCAUCAGUGUCAAUCUUUAUUUAAUUUCUUAUCAUUUAUUACCUUGCUUUUGAGUUGUGAUUUUAUUUUUUCCUUGAAUCCAGUUUAGAUCAAUCAAUAUCCUCAAUAGCCAAUGAAUAAAUUGUUUUUCAACACACCAGCCUGUGAAACAGAAACAGAGUUAACGAUAAUUGGCGAGCUACCUUCAUGGGUUGAUGGUAACCUCUACCGGAUUGGACCAGGAUUGUUUGAUCUGGAUGAAAAUUUCACUGUCAAUCACUGGUUUGAUGGAGCAGCAAUCCUUUUUAAAUACAAAUUGACACCGAACCGGGUAACAUGUAAAUCAGCCUUCCUCAAAACAGAUGCUUACCAAAAGAUGAUCACCCUUCAUCGACCAGUUUACACUGAAUUUGGAACUCCUGCCUACCCUGAUACGACCAAAUCACUGUUUUCCCGUUUCAUCAACCGAGUUGUACCUUCAGAGUUGACUGACAAUGUCCAUGGAAAUAUCUACACCAUUGGAAGUGAUUUAUAUUGCGCCUCAGAGACAUGUAACAUAUGGCGUAUUAACCCAGAAACUCUUGAAGCUGAAUAUAAAGUUGAUCUUUCCAAAGUAUCUCCAGUUCAGCUUGCUUCAUCUCACCCUCACACUGAACCUGAUGGCACCAUAAUUAACAUGGGUUCUUCUUUUAUGACUGGAUUAAAAUAUCACAUCAUUAAAAUUGAUCCAAACAGAGAGUUGAAACAUAACCAGAACAAACACAAAGAGCAUAAAUACAAUUUCCCGCUUACUGAGGUCCUUUCUUCUUUUUCAUCAACUUGGAAAACAAUGUUUUCCUAUUCUCACAGUUUCUCAGUAACCAACAAGUACAUAAUUUUAAUUGAACAACCAUUACUCAUCAAUAUGGUUAAAUUGAUUGCUGCUGUUGUAAAACAGCAACCUCUUAGAGAUUCUUUUGUCUGGUGCGGUGAGCGUGAGAAGACUCGCUUCCAUGUUAUUAACAAGGAAAGUGGCCAUAUUUUACCUUAUAUUUUUUACGCUCCACCAUUUUUCUUCCUCCAUACUAUCAACGCAUUCGAAGAUGGCAAUCAUAUUGUCAUUGAUUUGGUUGCCUAUGAUGACGAUAAGGUUUUAGAUUCAUUUUACCUUAAUAAAUUGCGACAACCUGAACGUGAGGAAACGGAAGGUCAACCAUCUAUUCGUCGUUAUGUUUUACCUUUGGUCACUGAGGAAGUCAUGAAAAGUAAACAGCAGCCUGGAGAUAACCUUACAACCCUUAGCUAUACAACAUCAAAAUCAGAAAAGAUUGAUGAACGAGGAAUCAAUGUGACACCAGAUUAUCUACUUAACCCAGGCUUUGAAAUACCAUCAAUUAACAAAAAAUUUGAUGCCAGGGACUAUGAAUUUAUCUAUGGAAGUGGAUUGUUUGAAAAAAAUACAUUUCAAAAUUCGUUGGUUAAAUUCAGUGUCAAGACCAAACUUCAAAAAACAUGGGUCGGUACAACAACCCAAUUUGCUGGAGAAGCUGUUUUCAUACCCAAACCUGGUUCAACCGUUGAAGAUGAAGGUUUGAUAGUUUCAACUGUUUCAGAGUUGGAAGCUGGAAAGAAAAAUUUCCUUGUUGUUCUUGAUGCCUCUGCUUUUACUGAGAUUGCCAGAAUUGAGAUGAACAAUGUUCCACUUUGUCCAACUGUUCAUGGUUUAUGGAUUCCUAAUGAAACUUCUGGUUCUUGUGUUGGUUCCUCGAGUGAAACACUUAAGAUUGAAGAUGAAACAACUGAACUUAAACCAGAGCCUAAAGAUUAAUUUUGAUUGUUUAACAACUUGAAUAAGCUGAUAUUCAAUGUAUUAUUUCAAUGUAAUAUCUGUGCACUUGAAAUGAACGAGACAUUUUUAUUUGUUGAA